GCCCCAAGCUGUUUUCCACUUGCUGGUGCGCACACUCCAUCCUGUUGUCCCCUCCUCUUUUCUGGGGUUAAACUUUUCUGAAGCCGCCAUCAGCCAGAGGCUCCACUGGUCUCAAGUGCCCUGCUCCGGAGAAGAAAAUCAGGAGGGUAACUCGGAGAGCACAGCCCUCCGGGCCUCCACACACCAAGCAGGCCGCCCUGCCUGGCUGCAGGCCAAGAGGCCGAACACCCCUCGGAGAACCAAGCCCUCCAGCAGACUGGUACUGCAGCUGGCUCAGGUGACACUGAGGUCCAGAGAAAAGUCAAAGUAUCUUGAGAGGCAGGAUCUCCUAAGCCAGUCUGGAGUCCGAGGUCGCCAGAAUGAAAAGGCUCAUAGGGACCCUAGGGACGCUAUGCCAGGCUCAGCCCCUACUCCAGGGCCCUCCACCCACCCUGGGCCACAGCGUCAAAUCCAAGUCCCUUAUCCACCAGGACACUCCCUCCUGCUUUUACACCCACUGAUUAGAGGCCUUGAGAAUACUUUUGGACACCGCCCCAAAGCCUCAGAAUAUUAGCACUUCUGGAAUCCCAAAGGGAAAGCCAGUCAACAUCCUACGCCCCCCAAUUCCACUGGUCCAUUCCUAACUCUCCCCCAAGAGAAGCUGGUAUGCACACAAACCUGUGUUUGGGGGAGGUAGACCUGAGCUUGAAUCUCAGCCCUGCCACUUACAUGUGACCCUGGCAAGUCACUCGCCCCAAGGAGCCUCCACCUUCUCUGUGGACACUGGGGGUUGACAGUGCAGUGUGGAAUCGUGAGAAUGGGCAAGGAUGGAUGUAAAUGUGCUUACACAGUAAGCUCAUGAACUCUGGCUACCAUCACUACCCCCUGGCCCUGGCUUCACCAGCCUCCUUCCUCUCAAGAGCCACACAAGCAACCCUACAACCCCCAUCCCUGUUUUUAUUGGCAGACAUUAUCGGUCAUCUGCUAUUCUCCGGGGAACAUCAGGCUGGCCACUGCAGGGGAUGAAAUGGCAAGACCGUGCCCAGCCAUCAGGUACCCACCAUCCUGCGCUCCUUCCUAGCCCUACCAGCAAGCACCCAUCUGGUCUCCUGCUGCCCCGCACUACGGAGGGUCCCCAGCCCAACCUAUCGUCAUGGCAGCCCUGAUUGCAGAGAACUUCCGCUUCCUAUCGCUCUUCUUCAAAAGCAAGGAUGUGAUGAUUUUCAAUGGGCUGGUGGCACUGGGUACAGUAGGCAGCCAGGAGCUGUUCUCCGUGGUGGCCUUCCACUGCCCUUGCUCACCAGCCCGGAACUACCUGUACGGGCUGACAGCCAUCGGCGUGCCUGCGUUGGUGCUCUUCCUCAUCAGCAUCAUCCUCAACAACCAUACCUGGAACCUAGUUGCCGAGUGCCAGUACCGGAGGAUCAAGAACUGCUCAGCUGCCCCCAACUUCCUCCUUCUAAGCUCCAUCCUGGGCCGGGCGGCUGUGGCCCCUGUCACCUGGUCUGUCAUCUCCCUGCUGCGCGGCGAGGCCUAUGUCUGUGCUCUCAGCGAGUUUGUGGACCCCUCCUCGCUCAUAGGGGGGGAAGUGGACUUCCCGCAAGCUCAUGCCACCGAAAUCCUGGCCCGGUUCCCUUGCGGGGAGGGCCCUGCCAACCUGUCAGCCUUCCGGGAGGAGGUCAGUCGCAGGCUCAAGUAUGAGUCCCAGCUCUUUGGGUGGCUGCUCAUCGGAGUGGUGUCCAUCCUGGUGUUCCUGACCAAGUGCCUCAAGCAUUACUGCUCACCACUCAGCUACCGCCAGGAAGCCUACUGGGCCCAGUACCGCGCCAACGAGGACCAGCUCUUCCAGCGCACGACCGAGGUGCACUCCCGGGUGCUUGCUGCCAACAACGUGCAGCGCUUCUUCGGCUUCGUGGCGCUCAACAAGGAUGAUGAGGAGUUGGUGGCCAAGUUCCCAGUGCAGGGCACGCAGCCUCGGCCACAGUGGAACGCCAUCACCGGCGUCUACUUGUACCGCGAGAACCAGGGCCUCCCACUCUACAGCCGCCUGCACAAGUGGGCCCAGGGCCUGGCGGGCAAUGGCACGACUCCUGACAACAUAGAGAUGGGCCUGCUACCCUCAUAAGGGCCCUGUUCCCACUCUGCUAACGAUGGCACUUGGUCCCAAACUAAGCCCUGACUCUGCUGUGGAUGACCUUUCACUGGUGGGACUCCUGGGCCGGGAAGCACUAGUUAGCAGAGCUGGGUGACAAAGAAACUCACCAGUGGGCUCUUUGGCAGGACACUGUGCAGUUAAUUCGUGUCCAACAGCAGAUGGACGUCCAGCUCAGUGGAGCUUGGCUGGGAAGCAGCCCACCAGUGUGCACCUCAGGCUUCAUUUUAUGGAUUAAAAUUUUUGGUAAAGCUUUUCCUACGAGAAAGGACUACCUUGGUGUCUAUAUUACUGCAUCGGCCUUGCCAUAGCAAGCUGAAAUUCUAUC